UUAUUUUAAUUAUGCCUUACAAAUGUUGUGCCUAUGGUUGCAAUAAUCGAGAUGGUCUUGGAAAAAACAUAAAGUUAUUCCGAUUUCCUGAUGACGACAAUAGGAAAAAAGAAUGGUUGGAUCUUGUUCAAAGAGAAAAUUUCACAGUGACCAAAUCAAGUAGACUCUGUAGUGCCCAUUUUAGAUCGUCAGAAUUUGUUGAAGCUCCCGGAAAAUUAAUAUUAAAAGAUAUAUAUAUAGAAUUAUAUAUCUGUGACUGCCUACGACCCUCAUAA